AUGGAAGCCCACCAUGUUGAUAUCAGGACACCGAUAGCUUGCAAAAUUCCAUGGCUACUGAAAUUAAGUGUAUUAAACUGAAAUUGUACAUAGCUAGCUAUACACUCCGUCGAUAAUAGCUUCAUAUAUCUCAAGUUUAUUAAUGUUAAUUUCAGCCUUAUCCCCUGAAAGGACGAGCAGAAUGAACCGCUUUAAUUCCACCGUCCCAGAUGACGAGUACCUCGCGGACAGUAACGUGUUGUUCUACCUGAGUGAUGCAGUGACCCAGCUGCUGGAACAUAAAGAGGAAUACACCCAGUUUGGGGUGAUCCGCUACUUUGCUGAAUAUUUUAGCAGUGUAAAAAACAGUAACCACGUGCUCUUCAGAGAGUAUAACUACAUUAAGGCCACUCCUCAUAACAGAGCCUCCUUCAUCAGAGUCUUCUGGAGAUGCUACAGACAGAUUGGCAAGAGUGGAGACUUACUGUCCAUGCUGGAGUACAGGUCGCUGCUGCAGUUAAUGUGUCCAGACUUCCCUUUGGAGCUGGUGCAGAGUGCAGCCAGAAUAGUUCUGAUGGACGACGCCAUAGAUUGCCUGAUGUCUUUCUCUGAUUUCCUUUAUGCCCUCCAGCUGCAGUUCUACUACCAAGAGUUCCUGGACAGUGUGUUGGUGAUCUACCAGGAUCUGUUAGCAGGGAAGAGUCCUAACACUGUCAUCGUCCCCACGUCCACGUCCAUCGAGCAGCUCCCCUCUGUGGCUGCAGAGGAGAAUGACACAGAGGAGCUGCAGCACGACGGAGUUGAUCCAUCCACUCUGGCUCAGUGUAUAGACGCCUUCUGUGACAGGUUCAAACGCAGUCAUCCUCCCAGGUCCUGUAUGAGGGAAGUACUGGAACAGACCAACAAAGUCUCUUACUACAGCUUCCUAAUGAGCCUGGCUAAACAUGAGACCAUCAACCAAACUAUUGGAGCGUUACCCAGCAAGGCAGAGUUGCUCAUUGACCCAGAAAUGGACCAGGAACUGGACAAACUAAUUGCCCAGAUCUCAGUGAGUCCUGGCAGCAACAGCAGUGGCAGUGCAGUGGGGGGGCUGAAGGAGGUGCAGAGGAAGGCAUCCCCCAGGAGGAACAUCCACCACAGGAGGAAGAUGGAGGUGGAGAGUGAUGGUUCCACAGAGGAGACCGACUCCUCUGAAAACUGACCUCGAACCUUUGACCAGCCUGUGACCACGUCACCUUCCAUCUGAAGUCCAAAACACACUGUGGCUAUAUGGUACAUGUCAAAACUUUCUUGCCCAUUACUAUACAAACCCACACUAGUGAUGGAUAGGCGCACAACGGUGCAAAAGAACAUUCCACCUCACAACAGAAUAUGCUAUUGUCUUUGUUUUGUCCAGCACUGAUGUCUUAACAAGCAGUGCAUGAUCAAGUGAACUGACAGUCUACAUCAGAAUACCCUUCUUUUAAUGCUACACAUUGUUCUUCCUGUGCCGUGUAGUCCUAAUAAUGUGUAAGUCCCAUGUUUGCAUGUGGUCAUGUGACAUGCUACUGCUCUGUUACUGCAGGGUGUUUUGAGUUUUACUGUAAUCUGACCGAACAAAAUGUUUGCAUUAGUUAACAAUAAUUAUUUUUAUUUUGCUAGUGAUGAGUAAUAUAACCAAGUAAUAUAUAUAUAUAUAUUUACAUAUAUAAUAACAGUAACACUCCAGUUAAUACUCAAAGACAAGUACUUAAGAUUUUCCCAGAAAUUCUCUUGUUGUCAUGUAGGAGAAGCCUCUGAAACAGCAUUUAUACCAUACCAUCACAAAACACUACUACUCCUCACUAAAAGUUCACCUAAUGAAGUAGUUUAAGGUACUGUAGGGUAAACUGCUCCUAUUAAGCAAAACAAGGCAAGUUUCAUUGCUGCUUUUACAGAGUGACUGGAAUAAAAGAUCGUAACCUCUGUCAUGUUGGAGAUGGAAUUAUUGACUGUAAAUGCUUGAAUUUUCAUAAAAACCUUCGCUUGAUGGCAGCACACCAACCUUACUUAUUAGCUUUUCAUCACAUGCAGCGGGUGAAUGUACAGAAGUCCUGCUGCUCUAAAUCUUUCCCUUUUUAAAGGGUGGCCACAACACUGGACAUCAAAGAUGUAGUUGGAAAUUUUUAUGAAAGAAAAAAAAACUUUGUCAUAUUUGCUGAAACUGUAACAAUAUCCACACAGCAGGACAUGAAACAGAAAGUCUGUAAAAAAAAUAAUGUUCCUCGUCCUGCCUUCUCCCAGUACUUCUAAUGAUAUUUGCAAAAGCCCACUGCAGGCCAAGGAGUCUCCAAGGCAGCUGUCUGUCAUGCCAGUCACUGCUAGUGAAUGCGGUCAAAGUAGGCAUCGCUGAUCUAGUCUCUAUAUACAGACUCUACAUUCAGUGAAUGUAGAGUCUGUAGGCAAACCCCGGAGACCUUGCCUCCAGACGAAGAGCG